GUUGCUCGGACAUUGGUUGACAUGGGAGCGAAAUUAAGACAGGAGUAACAUUUGCAUCAGUGGAUUGAGGCUGUUUUUCGGAGAGGUGGAGUGUUCGGGCAUCUUGUAUACAUCCACUGAAGUUCAAUUCGAUCUUUUUUAAUUAAGUGCCACGACACGAGUCUCAUCGGCAUGAAUUUGUUGAUGAGACAAUUGUUCGGGGUGACGGAAUUGUUUAUCAAUUGCCCGGUUGUUUUUUGAGAUUUUGGGAGUAGAUUUUGAGAUUGGUGUUUUCGAAGGACCCACGGAGAGGUUUAUCUCAUGUGUUAUUUUUUUUUAAGGGUUUACCACGUUUUUUCAAGGCUCCCGGGGAAAUUUAUGACUGGUGAAUGGUUGUGGGGUCCUGGGUUUUUUUUUCCCUCUAGACUAGAAAAGGGACAAAGCUCGGGAUUGCGUAGGACAGACACACCGGGAGAUCUAUUCCUAUCGGAUUGAUUUUUAUUUUUUUUUCCGUUUCAGGAAUUUUUUAAAUAGUUUUUUACUCGACUUUUUGACGUCUUUGUUCGUCGACGACGAGGGGGAGAUAGGGACAAUUAUGGGCACGAAUGUGGAUGGGGGUAAAUUGUGGGGUUUGCCGUGGGUUAAUUGGACGGGAAAAAUCGAUGGAAAAUUGUCGUUAGGGGAACAUUAACCCCGAAAUAUCGACGCUUCGUUGCAUCUGAGGUUUUCCUGGAGAGAACAAAGACGUUGGCAGUUUUCUUCGUUCUUGAUUUUUUUUUCUGUUCUCGGGGGGAACGUCCAGUGGUGGGAGAACUGACGGUUGAUUUUACCUGUGGCGAGACAAUUUCUUUUUUCAGUUCUUGGGGUUGGGGAACUGAGGAUAGAUUUUGUUGAUUAUAGGGUUGGGAAUUCUUGUACAUGAGGACUGAAGAAUUGGUUUUUACUCAUUUGAUUUUUUCUGUGAAGUGGUUAAACGUAGUGAAUCGAACGAGACGAGUUGUGACGAGAGUUUUUGGACAGUCAAUUGAAAUGCUGGAUUGGAUCAUUCGAAAUAAUUGAGAAGCAUUGAACACAUUCAGGGGGAAGUGUGUUGAGUCCAAGAAAGACUAAAAUGGUGUCGACUCGUCAAUCGAGCAACAUGGGCAGUGGAAGCAGUUCUGGGAGGGUCAGUGAGUCUGUCGAGGCUGGACCAUCACGCCGGCAUCACACUCAGGUUAACACCGGAUCCACUGGUAGUGCUCAUUCAUCCCCUGAACCAACUCCAGUUCAGAAUGUGAAUCUUCUCGAUCUGCCACCCGAGCUGCUCGACAAAAUUAUCUCUUCGUUUGAUUUCAAUACUGUCGCACACCUGCGUUUAGUCUGUCGUCAAUUCAAUAUGGUAUGUGGCUUUCGACUCAACACAACAUUCCAGCGUUUGCAAUCGCAGAUGCUGUCGCGUUUUCAGUCGAUAAAAGCUCAGAUGCCACGUCGAGAGUCAGCCAGACGCAAUCAUCCACUCGCCUGUGAAUGUGACAUCAUUGAGACACUCCAUAUGAGACUCACUCUCCUUCAAAUGAGCUUUGGAAAGCACAUCGAGAGAAAGCACUGCUGCUUUUUUCCGGGAGAGAUUCUUGAUGAAGUUUAUCGUGUUCUCCAUUAUAUUAAGGUAACAGCGAAGCUAACAAAACCUUUCAAGGUUACUGAUGAGCUUUUUGAUUUAACGACGAUGGCAAUGGAGUACUUUAAAGAAAAAAUUGAAGCUACUUUGCCAGAAAUCGCGUAUUUUGGGCCUGAUUUUCUGGAUCUUGCUGGUACUUUUUCAUCAUCAAGCAGUGUCUCAAAACCUUUUAUUUGCUUGGAUUCAGCACCACUGAGUGGUGACAGCAACAAAGACAGUGGUAGUGGUGGUGAAUGUUCUCCCAGCCACAGACCUGAGGAUCCAGGUCUUAUGGGCAAUAAUGUCUCACCGCCACAGUCCAAUAUGUUUUUACGCAAACGUAUUCGUAAGAUCAAACAAGGCAUGAAGAGGUAUAAUAGUCAGUUGUCAAUGAUGCGCAGAGAUCUGAGGAAUUGCAAGGUUAAGAUUGCUGAUCAGCAAAAACAGAUUGUUGAGUAUGCUAAUCGUCUUGAUGAUCAUGAUAAGAAGAAUGAGGAAACAUCACGCAAAUUCAGCACUUUACUUCAGGUAUUUACUAAGGAACUCAACAAAUGCAAGACAGAAUUGCAAUACUGGCGAUCAAAGUCGCCAGCAAUAUCCGUGUGCAAUGGUUGUGGACAAUCGAUGCCAAUGCCAGCCGAAGAUAUCCAGGCACUGGCAAAUCAGGGCGUACUCUCUGAUUCAUUCACCGAUGCCCUAAAUUUCAUCCCGAUAGCUGACACAGAAGGUCCAACAGAGCUCUGCCAUCCCCAGCCCCACACGUCAUCACAAGCAACAACGGAAAUGGCGCCACCAAGAACUCCAUUAUCGAGCCUCUCCUCAAAACGAAAAUCAUCCUCGGAGGAGCCUCCCACUGGCGAGAUCAUCAAAAAACCAAGACGUACGAUCAAAUCACGUCAGGCCAAGCGCUCAAAAGUCUAAAUCAAUGGUACAAAAAGAAAUGCAAAAAUAACGAAAUGAAUGGAAAAAACACAAAAUAUCUAUUUACCAAUUUUUUCCUUUUCAUUUUUUUUUAAAUAAAAAAAAUUAUUGAGCCCACGUCAUUUAAUUCAGGUUUAGAAAGAGUGGUAAAACUGCGAAAAAAAAAGUACAAAAUUAUUUCCCCCUUUGUUAACAAUUAAACCAAAGGGGUAACUCAUUCUUUCGGCUCAGAAAAAUAAUGAAUAAUAAAAGAAAAAAUUCUAAAUAAUUCCUGAUCGUCCAUAAGCUUUUGGGAAUUAACAAAAGAAAAAUUGUGAAAACGAUGUUGUGGGUCAUACGUGUUCAGUAUAAACCUUUAGAUGAUUUAAUCCCAGUUUCAAUAAAUUUUUUUAAGAGAGGUGAACAUAGAAUUGAUUGUGUUCAUUUCAAAAAUAUCUCUGAAAGCACUGGGUUUUAAGAAAUAGGUCUGACCACCUUGUUUGUAACUCAAUAAAUUCUCUACAAUAGCGGCUAAACCCAUUCGGAGAUAUUUUUGAAAUAAGCGUUAUAUUAAUUUUUAACUGAUGUAUUGAAUAAUCUCGUCAAUAUCUCAGAAACUAUUCGAUUCCAAGAAAAAUAUAAACAAAUAUUUCUUGAAAUUUACAAAGUCCACUAAGUUCUGAGAUCUUUGUGAACUAAUCUCGUUGAUUUCCCCGCUCCACUAAUUCAAUUUCUUUCUCUCUUUUCUAUUAACUGAAUCAAGAAAAUAACGUAACUAAUAAUGGGAAAGAAUAUUUAGGAGACAAUACCGAGGGAAAGAUACUUGCCAUGCUGGUGAAUGGUGGACACCGAGUGCAUAUAUCACUCGAGGGUGAGACAGAUCCAGAAUAAUUUUUCUUUAACUAGCAGAACCCAAAUUUCCCCCGAAUUAACUCAGAAUAAAAUAGCAUAUUAAUUCUUUGAAAUUCUACAGGAAUUUUGCUCUUUUUUUCAUUUUUCAUUCAUAAAAAAUGCUGUUAAAUGGUACCUGAAUGAUAGAGAGGGGGAAGGGGAGAGGGAAGAGAAAGGAAAAGAGAAGCUUUGAAUAAAAACACAAAUGGAGAAAACGAAAACUGGUUCAGCUGCAGGUACUCCGUCGUAAUACGCACCAUAAUAAAACCAUAUCAAUUAUUUUCCUCGUUUAAAAUUUCAUAGAGAUGUGUUUUUUUAAUUCUGGUUCUAAUUACCACAGUAAAAAAUGGAAUGAAUAGAUUAAAGGAUUCAUUAUAGUUGAUAGUUAAAUACAAGGCCUUUCUCCGAAGGAUUAGAGUAUUGAAAUGAAGAAAUUGAAAUUACCUCAAGCGAAAUAAUGAAAGGAAAAUCAGGUUUCAUGAUCAAUUGAAAUGUGUUUUAUUUUACUCCUGAUUAAUAAAUUUUUUGUUGUCUUGGGUUACCUUCGAAGUAAAGGAAAUUAAUAAAUAUUCAAAUAACAGGAAGUAACGAUGGGCAGAAGUGUGGGUAGUAAUAUUGUGAAUUAUUCAUGAUUAUAGAUAUGACAAGAAAAAAUUAAAAUUAAAGAAAUAACUGAUAAUAAGUGAAUGAUCCUUUAUUACGGAAUGAUAAUACAAUAAUGAGGAAAUUGAUUGAGGAAAUACAUAUAUGUUGAGUGGAGGUUGUAGUGGAAAAUUUGACCCUUUUAACUGAAUUUAUUUGGGGAGUUUCUAUCUUGGAGAAAUAUUAAUUAAUCGAUUAUUGAUAAUUUAAGGCCUUAUUUUAGUAUUUUGGAUAUAAACUUGAUUUUUUGAUGUUUAUAUGUGGAAUAUUAAGUACAUUUCUAGUUUAUUAUUAUUUUUUUCGAGUGAAAGUAAGUUAUGUGGAGAGUUGGAAAGAAAGAGGGAGACUAUUUGGAAUCAUCUGGAAAACAUGGAUUUUAGUAAAAUUGUAUGGAACGGUUGGGAGACUUUCGGGGAUAUUUACUCAUACAGCUGCUUUUUGUCAAGAUAUGUGGGAAGUGAGGGAGCGACGAGAGAAUUUCCAUAAUUAACGUUGAAAUUGUUUUGCAAUUUCUUCGGAUUAUUUUGAAAAAGAGAAUUAAUAGCGCAGGGGUAAAACAAUUUAAAUCGAUUUACCCUCAGCUGAGCUGUUGAGGAAUAUCUCCGAAUCUAAAGAGAAUAAGAAAAGUUUCGUGAUGGCCUCUAUCAAUUAGUUCUGUGAAUGAACCUUUUCAAAUUCUUUUCAUUAAUAUGGAAAACUUAUUGAAACUAUUAAGUUCAACAAAAUAUGUCAGAAUUUCAUUAAAAAUACCAAUUGAAACCCUUUGUUAUGGCAAUAGAUGCAAACAAUUGAACCGAGAAAUUUGAAAAUUCGUUGUGUUAAUCCUCUACUGAAAGUAGUAGGUUUAGGGCAAAAUAUCAAGAAAACUUCUCUAUAGUUCAUAAAAUUCUGUAUUGAAAAUAUUUUCAAGUUGCUGUCAAUCUAUCAAUUUAAGAGAAAAGAUUUUUUGUCGCCUGUUCUACCAUUUCUCCACUAAAUUAUAACCAGAAUAUUAAUUGAAUGACGAGAGAGGGAAGCUGUAGGGAUGAAUGUGAACUGGAGAGAAUUAUUGAACAGUAAAUAAGAUUUUGUGAUUUGUGGAGCUUUAUCGUUACAAAAAUCGCUGGAAGUGACCUUUACUCGGUUAAAUUCACAGUUACGUGAAAUAAUUAACCAAUUAUCUUUCUUUUAAUAAAUUUUUCGGUAGAACUGAAGGGUUGAGAUCAGCAUCAUCAUCUUAAAGACAAAAACUGAAGUUUCAAGUCGCAGCGGUCGGUGGCUGAAAUUAACAAUUUUAAUUCUAGGUAUCGAUUGAUGGAAUGAUCAACGAAUUUUCUAGUAAAAUGUACUUGUUUUUAAUUGUAAAAAAAAAAUUAAUGAAUUGUAAAUUUUCGGUUUCUGGCACGAUCCGUCCUCCAGUUAUAAGAGAUAAAAAAAAAUAAUAUUCAGAGAUGCGGAAAUGUGUGCAACAAUAUGGUUUAAAUAUAUAGUAAAUAAUAAUGAUGAAAUAUGAUGCAAUCUCAUCCCUACAAAAAUUAAGAAAAACAAUGAGCGCAAUAAUAACUUUGGAGCAUUGAAAUUUUGCAAAUAAAAAAUCUUUGAUUGAGAAAAUUUGCAUUGCGAAUUUUAUGUACGAUACGAUGAAUGAGUUACACUGGCCAAGGUAAUAAGACUCGGCGAAUCGAAGUCCCAGGAUCCGAAUGGCAUUGAGCCCCCGAUGACAUAAACUAAGGAUAUUGUCUUGAUUGUGUAACGUGUAUUUGGAAAAGAUAAAAACGAUUGUAAAUAUAUAUAUUAGAUACAUCCAUAUAAUAAACAUAAUUUAACAUAAAA